AUGAAAAAAUAUCGACCGGAAGAUCAAAUAAUUAGUUUAGAAGAAUGGUAUAAAGCGUUAUGGGAUCAUACCACAAUGCAGUUACUCAUUGAUAUUCUAAAAUUAACGGAUGAAGAAUUAGAAAAGAUUUCUUUUGAGUGGCGAGAAUGUUAUAAGAAAUAUAAACCAAUAAUGUUUAAUGGAUUUUGGGAAUUUCUUGAAGAGUUUAAAAGAAGAGGAGGUAUUAUUUGUAUAUGUUCACAUGGAUUAAAACAAGUGAUUGAAGAUUUUUAUCAAAGUUAUAAUGAAGGAAAAAUCAUACCUGAUUCAAUUUAUGGAUAUGAUUCAAAACAUCCUGAAUAUUGUAAACCAUUUACUUUCCCAAUAGAAGAUAUUCUACAAAAAUUCCAUCUUCAAAAAAAAGAUAUUGUUGUUAUUGAUGAUUUGUCUUAUGGAUUAAUUAUGGCAAAAAAUUCGGGAGUUGAUAGUAUUGGAACUGUUUAUGGAGAAGGUCAUGAUUUAAUUAAACCAAAAAUUACUGCUAUUAGUAAAAUGGUUGUUAGUUCAGUAGAAGAGCUAAAAAAUUAUAUUUUAUUGGAUGAAAGUCAUUAA